CUGCAGCCUUGAACCCCUGCUCCACCGUCGUGCUACCUCUCCGCAAAUCGAUAGCUCGAUGUCGAGAGACUCACGGACUUCUGGUUUCGCCUCCAGCUGACGGAGCGCUAAGCCUUCGGAAUGCUGCCUUAUCUAGCUCUACCGCUCGCUCCAUCUGCGUCGGCCUCUUUCCAGCAGCCAAGGCUGGCGCUGGACUUCUGGCAACAUGCGAGGCUACCUCUUCGUUGCGGCUUCGAUUGCCGUGUUUUGCUACCUGGUCCUACGGAAUCAAGCUGAUCAGAGGCGAGACGAAGCGUUCGCCGCUCAGAGACACUGCGCUCCACCUCCAAGAUGGGCAGCGCGAUGGCCAUUUGGCCUGGACCUGCUUGUCAAAGCAUUUGUCCACGCCCGAAGACAGACGAUUCUGCAAUUCUUCCUUGAGGUCACCGACUCAUCCGGGACAACACACGAACAAAGUCUUCUCGGCGCUCGUGGAAUUAACACGAUGGAACCGAAGAAUCUGGAAGCUGUCCUUUCGAAGCAGUUCGAAGAUUUUGACCUUGGCCUUCGACCCCUUCAUUUCGCGCCGUUGAUGGGCAAAGGGAUCUUCACUCAGGACGGCGCAGACUGGAAGCACUCACGAGAGUUACUCCGACCUCAAUUCGCUUCAAAUCGAUAUCAAAACUUCGAGGAGGUCAAGGACUGUGUCGAAAGUCUCCUAGCUCAGAUCAAACCGGAUACGCCGAUCGACCUGCAGCCUUUGUUCUUUCGCUUGACCUUCGAUACUACUACUUUUCUGUUGUUCGGUGAGACGAUGUCGUCCCUGCAAUCUAGCACCAUCGCCAGCCAAGAAUCGGAAUUCGCGCGCGCGUUCAAUCUGAGCCAGGAGUAUCUCUCCCACCGAGGCCGCUUGGGGCUUUUCUACUGGCUUAUGAAUCCGCCUGAAUUCCGCAGGGCGUGCAGAGUGACACACAGAUUCGUUGAUGCCGCCGUACAGCAAGCGUUGGAUAAAUCGUCCGCGACCCCUCAUCAGGCACACGAUGAGAAAGAGCGGAGCUCGUAUGUCUUCAUCGAUGCUCUCGUACAGCAGACGAGAGACAAGCGAUUUCUCCGAGACCAGUGUAUCAAUGUGCUGCUGGCUGGGAGAGAUACGACCGCAUGCUGUCUUACAUGGACAAUACGACUUCUCGUUCGACAUCCUCACGUUUUAGCGAAAUUACGUGCCGAAAUCGAGUCUGUGAUCGAGGUUGGAAGCAACGCUCCGCACCCGAAGCGCGACGACCUGAGGAAGAUGCCUUACCUCGCCAUUGUCCUCAAAGAAGUGCUCCGACUCUACCCUUCGGUGCCUGUGAACUCUCGGGCCGCCAUCCGCACGACAACACUACCAGUCGGCGGUGGCCCAACAGGCGAGUCACCGAUCUUGGUCCGUAAAGGUGAAGCCGUAGGGUAUUGCGUCUACGCCAUGCAUCGGCGCAAAGAUCUGUAUGGCGAGGAUGCGCUUGUUUUUCGCCCAGAGCGGUGGGAAGAUGACAAGCUCAAGAACAUCGGCUACGGAUAUCUGCCAUUCAACGGAGGCCCGAGAAUCUGCCUCGGUCAGGAAUUCGCAAUGCUCGAGGCUGGAUAUACCAUUGUGAGGAUGUUGCAACGCUUCCCGGUCAUGCACUGGCCAGAGGGUGAGCGUGUUGAGGAGGUUGGAAAGGAAAAACAGACUUUAACGCUCGUCGUUGCCAGUGGGGAUGGAUGUCGAGUAGUGUUUUCCGAGCAUGGAAAAUGAUCAACGAUGACGCCAAUGGAAAUGUCGCGUUGCAGAGAACAUGAUCGAGGUGAAGUCGGGAGAGGGAAUGUAUUUGCAACCAUGCCUGAGGCAGGGUUGGAAAUGCAACCACCUCGGGCGAGACUCGGACAUUCACAUCCGGCAAUAUAAAACCAGCGAUGAUGUAAAGUUACGCA